AAGGCGCGCGGCGCUGGGCGCAGAGCGCCAGUCUCCGCCUAGCAAGCUCCGAGUGUGCCCGCUGCGCCGCCGCCGUCCGCGCCUGCCGCCGCUGCCGCCACCAUGCCCAACUUCGCCGGCACCUGGAAGAUGCGCAGCAGCGAGAAUUUCGACGAGCUACUCAAGGCGCUAGGUGUGAACGCCAUGCUGAGGAAGGUGGCCGUGGCGGCUGCCUCCAAGCCGCACGUGGAGAUCCGCCAGGACGGGGAUCAGUUCUACAUCAAGACAUCCACCACGGUGCGCACCACUGAGAUCAACUUCAAGGUCGGAGAAGGCUUUGAGGAGGAGACAGUGGACGGACGCAAGUGCAGGAGUUUAGCCACUUGGGAGAAUGAGAACAAGAUACACUGCACACAAACUCUUCUUGAAGGGGAAGGCCCCAAAACCUACUGGACCCGCGAGCUGGCCAAUGAUGAGCUUAUCCUGACGUUUGGCGCCGAUGACGUGGUCUGCACGAGAAUUUAUGUUCGUGAGUGAAGGCAGCCGCUUGCUCCUCCGUUUGGGAAGGGCUGUAAGCUCCCUGGAGAAAUGUCAUACGUAGGUCUGAGCCGCCGGUGGACCACCCCUUCCCCUCCCAAUGUUAGAUGACCCCAUUUUCCCCAUGACAAUGUUGUAGUGCCCCCCACCCUCCACCCCCAGGCCUCUGUGCCUCAUGUAUCCCUGGUGCUCCGUAGUUUGGCAUUUGCACGCUUUUGUCAGUCAUUAAACUGGUUGGAC